GCGUCCUGCGCGAGGCUGGAAUCGGCGCAGCCUCUGCUGGGGGCGGGGGGACGUCGUCCUACCGCAGGACGUGACCAUGGGGGGGCAUGCGCACACGGAGGCACCUGGCCGGGCGGGGGGUGAGGCUGGGUCCCUGGUCCCGCCCUGGGCCAGGGCAAGAGGGAUGUCGGUGCUAAGGGCGUGGAGCGGGGAUCUGCGCCUGCUCCGCGGUGGGUCUCGCCGCGCGUCAGUCGGCUGCCGCUCUCCGGAUUCAGCUGCGACCGGACCCACUUGGUCUUACUGGCAUAUACACAAAAGCUGGUAACUAGUAUGCUAUCAUCUCAGCACAUGAGCUCAGAAGACAGUUUCUCUGCAAAGAAGAGGAGGAAACAAAUAAGUAGCAAGCAGUAUGUCUAAAAGGAAGGGAGUAAAAAAGGUCCAUACAACUAUCCCCCUAUCCUCACCCUUACUGUACCAGAAUUGAAAAAGAAGAGUAAGAUAAUCAAGAAUUCUCAGCUAUUCUUGAUUCAGACAUGGGCUGUCCAACUGGUCGCCUGGCGUCAAUGAGAGGGGACAGGGCAGCAUAGCCCACAGUACCUGGAGACCCCACACAGCAGUGCAGCAAGGAAGCUGAGGUUAGGCUGUGUGCUUACACGACACAGGUUGGUGAGGUGGAGCAGGACACCACCCAUGCAUGUGGUACAGUGGCCACCCACGUGUGCUGUAGUGAGGAGGAUGUGGCUUCGGGGUCCAGGACUCUCACUAGUGUGAACGUGCUGGUGCAGUCCUUGUGGCUCCUGGCCACUAAGAAUUUGGAUGUCCCUGAUUUAUACAGCAACAGGAAUGCAUUGAUUUUUUUGCCUUUUAAAGGGUUGUCUUUUUGUCCCUUUGUGAAACCGAUUGUCUUCAAUUUAUAUGCAAUGGGGCUGCAGAUUCACUUUGUGGUUGACCCUCAGGGUUGGUGCUGCAUGGGCAUUAUUAUCUUUGUCUGGCUUUACAACACAGUCUUCAUUCCCAAAGUCAUCCUCUUUCCUCACUAUGAAGAGGGACAUAUUUCAGCUGUGGCAAUUUUGUGCUACUACUUAUGCUCACUAUUUUGUAUAGUUUCGUUAUUGAGAUCUUCGGUAGCUGAUCCAGGAAGACUACCUGAAAACCCAAAGAUACCACUAACAGAACGGGAAUUUUGGGAGUUAUGUAACAAAUGCAAUAUGAUGAGACCAAAGCGUUCACAUCACUGUAGUCGCUGUGGACACUGUGUUCGGAGAAUGGAUCACCACUGUCCAUGGAUUAACAACUGUGUUGGGGAGGACAAUCAUUGGCUGUUUCUGCAGUUGUGUUUCUACACUCAGCUUCUUAGCUCCUUUACACUGAUACUUGAUUUCUGCCACUACUAUUACUUUCUGCCAUUGAAAAAAACUAACUGGGAUUUCUUUGUAUUCAGGCAUGAACUUGCCCUGAUAAGAAUAUCUACCUUCAUGGGCCUCGUCAUUUUAGGUGGAAUAAGUGGGCUCUUUUACACUCAACUAAUGGGAAUUUUCACUGACACUACAAGUAUAGAAAAAAUGUCAAACUGUUGUGAAGAAAUAUCGAGCCCCCGAAAGCCAUGGCAGCAGACCUUCUCAGAAGUUUUUGGCACUCGCUGGAAGAUCCUGUGGUUUAUUCCUUUCAGGCAGAGGCAACCACUGCGAGUUCCCUACCACUUUGCCAAUCACGUCUAAACAGAUGGAUGGUGGGCACAGAUGGGUCCUCCAUGCUGGAAGUGCGUUACAGGUUUUAUGAUAAUAGAACUAUGACAGUCUUCAAGUCAAUUAAAAUCCACCCACCAAUCUUAGACAUCAUAAUGUGCCCCAGGCUUUAUUUUAAUAGUGGUCUUGAUUCUGUUGUGGGAUUAAUACAAGUUCUUUGCUUAAGUUUAUGGAAUAUUUACUUUCAAAUUAGCUUUCCCACGGGAUUUCUUUAUUCUUUGAGGUUAAUAACAAAAGCAUAAAUGACUGCAAUACAGUCUUAUUUAAUUUUGUUUUGAUACAGAAUAUUUUGAUUCUUUUUUCCUUUUUGAAUAAGAAACAAAAGUUUACAAUAUGAAUCGAAUCUAAACUAAAGGUCUUCGUUUGCAUUUAGCUUUUUAAUGUUUCUUUUAACAAUAGAUCUGUCAAAACAAUGUGAAGGUUCUUUUUUCUGCCAAUUGGUUUUUAAAAUUCCCUAAUGCCUUCUUUUAUUUAUGAUGUAUGAUAUUAAUCAUGCAGCACUACAUUGCAAGAAGGUUAAAUUCUAAACAUAAUCAGACUUCUUCCUAGAUAUUUUCCAGAAGUUUUUUAUAUGAAGCUAGAAUUUGCACCUUAUGAUUUAUCAUCAUUAUUCUUGUUUCAGUGAAAGCUAUUAAACACCUUAGGAUAAUAUUCUGUUUUUUUCCUUCUCCCAAGAUGUCCUCAUAAUUUGCAAUAAUUUCACAUAUUAUCUGGAUGGUGCAAAUAUUAGAAUGCAUACUUAAAAAAAUACAGAAUCGAGUAGUUGAUAUGAUAUACCAAGUAAAAAUAUACAGAGCAGUAUGUAGUUACUAAAGUUCUAUUUUACAUUUUGUCACUACUGGAAUUAGAAUUACCUUUCAGGUGCUUAUAUGUAAAUGGGUAGUGUGUAUAAAUAUACUUUUAAGUAUUACAUGUAAAUACUUAUUUUACAGACAAGCACUAUAUUACCAUGUACAGUGAGGUAGAUGAACUGUUCUAAUUGGGUACUGUGUUGGGGCAUGAGAUCAUUUUGCUCUUGUUCUUGAAUACAGGGGGGUCUUCUUUUUAGGAGUAGUUAACUAGAGAAGGUAUCCUUCAGAUCAGAUCAAAUGGUAAACUAAUUUUUGUGGCUUAUGGUUUUGUUACAUACUUGUUUCUAGAGAGUCAUCGGGUAUUUGUGCAUCUUGAAUGUUUUGUGAAUUUUCACGAAGAGAAAUUUAAUCUCUGACGUUUAUCAUUAUUCAUUUACAACAUUUUUUGUCCAGUCUAAGAGAAGAAGUAGUACGUGUCCUAGAUGACCCUCAUUACAAAUAACAGCAAUCAGAGCAAACAAGACAGACUGAAAAGUAUUUAUCUGAAUUACUGGCAAAUGCAUUAAAAGAGAAUUUAAGUCAAUUUAUGAAUGAUUCACUUGCUAAAGAAGGCAAGGUUUAUAAUCUUUUAAUAAUAAUGAAUAUGUUGAAUAGCUUUUUAAAGAUCUAAAUGUGGUCCACCUGCCUUUUUUGGCAGAAAGAUUAAAAUAAUCUCUUGGCAGUCAUACAAGUCUCAUUUUUAAAAUGAUUUGAAUUUUGAAGGGCUGUUAAAAAUAAUAUUUGAAACCAAACUGCAUGUAUUUUAUUUUCUGUGGGUUUUUUUUAAAGGUGUGCAGUGCUUCCUUUCCUGGGAUUUUUAGAAUUCUGUUGAACUAUUCCUUUCAUAUACUCGCAUAUUAAGCUGUAGUCCUUUGGCUGAUAUUUAAGCCAAUUUUAAAAUUAUUAAAAUAUGAUAAAAAUGCUGAUGUGGCAUUUGAAGUUUACAAAUGUCCACAAUAUAGAAUAACUGCUACAUCCUCUUUAAGGAAAGGGGAGUUGCCUGCUGUAUCUUUAGUGAAAACUCUGGGGAAAAAUUUGCAGGCAUUCUUAUUCUGUUGUGUAAAUAUUUAACAAAUUUAGCAAAGAACAGCUCUAUAUAAAUAUAGUAUGUAUAUAUAAAUUAUAUGUUAAGCUGCCCUGCUAAUAAAGUAUCUUAGUUUGCAGGUCAUAAAACACUGAAGCCUUUCAUUAAAGGACAGGAUCAAGGCAUUUAAAUUACCUUGAUUUACGCAUUAUGGGACAUAUAAUUAUUCUUUCUUACAUAUUUCUUUGAAUUAGUUAGUAUUGGGGGACCCAAAACUGCAGUAUGUAAUUGAAUGGAAUAUAGGAACCUGUGUUGUAACCAGUCUAUUCCAAUAUUGUAAACUACAUAUACACAUACAUUGAAAUGAUGAGAACAAUAAAUCUUAUCAUCUUUACAAGGAGAAAAAUUAGCAAUUAGCCUAAACCUAAGAAUGUGGCUAUGUUUCAAUAUUAAAGUAAAAAGUAAGAAAUAAUUUAUCAACUAAUCCUACAGUGACUGGAGCUUGAGAAUAAAUGUAUGCUGAAUGUAGUGUGUUUGUGUGUGUAUUUAGGUACAUAUCUAUAAUUUAUAGUUUCCAACUUGGCUGAUUAGUAGGUGUUACUGACUUAAGUCUUUAGCCAAUCAGGCUAAAGGUAAGGCUUACAUAUGGUCGUCACACAUUCACUUGCAACAGUUGUAAAUCAUUGGGAUGUUACUGAAUCUAUUAAAGUUAAUGCAUGUUAGGAGGUAACCCUCUCCUGAAAAGGAACAACUUUGUUACAUUCAGUGGUGUCACAAACUCCUUGAAUGUGUGUCUGCUUCCAUUUUAACUGCAUUUAUAAGUGUUAAAUUGGAUAUGUGACACUACCUAUAUGCUCAUAUCUUGGGAAGUAUCAUUCUCUCCCAUUCCCAAAGUGCUGUCUUUUGGCCAUGUCCUGUAAUAACAUUGGCUGUCCACUUGGGGAAGAGAUGCUGUUCUGCUGCCCUGCCUUAUAGAUUGCUGAACCCUCAUUCUCACACAGUAGUUAUUUGUAGCAAUAAGUGGUGGGAAAUAGAAAGAACUACAUUAAAAGAAAGAGUCUGUUUAGAAGAAUCUGUUCUCGUGAAUCUGGCAUACAUCCAAUUUUUUUUUUUUUUUUUAAAGAAAAAACCCCCAAAAUUUGAAGUACAGACAUCUAGCAAAUCCUUUGAAUAGAUCCAUAAUUUGUAUUUUUGUAUUUCUAUGUCAAGCAAGGUUAAAACAGUUUGCUUAACUCAGUUCCAACUUUUCUUUCAAAAGCUUUUCUUUCAAAAUUAUGUGUUGUAAAUAAAAAAUAAAACUGUCAGAAUUAGAGAUACUUGCUUGAGAAAAACAAACUGUAGCUGAAGUAUCAGAUUUAAAAUUUGUGUUUUAUGAGAGACUCUCAGGCCUUGUCUGACUGCUUUGUGAGAAUGAUAAUAUCACAGUCUGUUGCUUCUAAUGAGUUUUGGAGUCCAAUUUGAGACAUUUUAAUUUUCAGGAAAUACUGAAUAUCAACCCUCUUCACCGUAUAUAAAGUUGGGGGCCCAAAAACACUUAAAAUUUGGCUCAAGCCCAUUAGUAUAUUCACUAAAUCAAUGAGCUUGCAGUCAGGAUUCCCCAGACCUGUUUUGUUCCAUGGAUGAGAGCUUUGUUAGGUUUAAGCAUUGAUGUUAGUCUUAUCCCUAUAAUCUUAGACAUGUUCUAGUUUCUACUUUUCAGACGAUUUAUCUGACCAUCUAACCAUUUUUGGUUUUUUGUUUGUUUUGUUUAGUUGUUUUAAAGUCCACAUAUAACAAACUUUAUUAAUGCUUUUAUCUUUGAUAUAAAUUCAACCCUGAACAAAUUUGUAGGUGAUACCACAACUGGCGAGGUAACACAUACAAAGGGGGCAAAACCACUUUUAAAAGUAAGUUAGAGAGAUUAAAGCAGUACUGGAUACUAGCUGUUGCUUUAUUCCUUGCUAUCCUCCCCCCUACGUCUUUUUGUCCUUUGACACUGAUCAUUUCUGAAGACUAAUUGAUUUUGCUAAGCUUUGUUUCACAAGGUUUGUGAACGCACACAAUCCUGAAGGAUCUCAUGUUAGUAAUAACUAUAAGCAUCUUUAUUGACUUCUGUAGAUAUUGGCUAUAAGAAAAUAGUAUUUGCUGUAUUGUACAAAUGGAAAUACAGGCCUUGAGGAGAGCAUUUUGGAAACAGUCUGUUUCCUUUUCAGCUGCAGGAUUUUGUGUUGAAGUGUUGUCAUCAGAAGGGUUGGUAGUAAACUGGACAAGGAGUAGUUAACUAGAGAAGGUAUCCUUCAGAUCAGAUCAAAUGGUAAACCAAUUUUGUGGCUUGUGGUUUUGUUACAUACUUGUUUCUAGGGAGUCAUCAGGUAUUUGUGCAUCUUGAAUGUUUUGUGAAUUUUCACAAAGAGAAAUUUAAUCUCUGAAGUUUCUCGUUAUUCAUUUACAAAGUUUUUUGUCCAGUCUAAGAGAAGAAGUAGCAUGUGUCCUAGGUGACCCUCAUUACAGUAAAUUGUGGGAUAAUAAUAUCUUUUGGAAGGAUUUCAGAUUUUGGUAAAACAUCUCAUCUAUCACUAGGGAACUUUUAAAAUAAAAGCAAGAUAGUUUGGGGGUUUUUUUUUCCUUGCUCAUUGCCUGUCAGUAAAUCUUCUACUCUUGCCAUUUGAGCGAGUGAACUAUACCUUAAUGACUUCCUUUUCAGUAUUGUUAAACUCAGUUCUGGUUGGCAGAGAAGUUGAAGUAUUGUCACAUUUACUCUCAGGUAGGACUCAGUAAUAAUGUAAGGCAGGCUAGUAAAUUAACCUGGAUGGACAGACAGGACUUGGACUAAAUACUGCUUUGUAUCUGGGUGCUCAUAAAUAGAAAAUGGGGAGGGAAAGCAAGGCAGAUGGGUCCAAAAGAAUACACUGUUUCAACUUUAUUAAAUUGAGAGAAAUAAUAAGAAUAGCACUAUAGUUUGAACACUUGAAAAGCUCAUUCUUUGAUGCCUGGUUUCAUUCAUUUAGUAAGUAAGCGAUACUUUUCAUCAUUAAUGAGCAAACAUUUAUAGUAUUUCGUAUCAUAGAAAACCACUGGAUAUAUAUAUAAGCAACCUUGAAUAACAUUAGAAGUAGUAAUAUGGGAUCUGAGGAGCACUAAGACAGAAUUUGCUGUGCUAAAACAGUGUUUUAUUGUAAUGAAACACAAGUUGCUUAAAUUACUUAACUGUAAAUCUGAAAAAAAUACUUUAUGUAAUUUUUUUAAGGUUUGUUCAUAGUAAGAUGCCAGUCUUUCUGGCAGCAGUAUCACUAGUAGCUGGUUGUUGCUGCUUUAUAGAUUAUAUAUGAGUUAAGUUGAUUAUGAUUCUUAUCUUUUUUUCUUUUCACCUCAGACAUAAUUUUGUUGCUACCCACAAAUAAGAUUAAACCGUAAUAGGUAUACCUGAAGAUAAAACUGAAUAUUUUUAGUUCAAACUGACCCCUUAGAUUUAUUUUUCUUAAUGAAAAUAACAUCCUACUCUUAGAAGAACGAUAUGCUGGUUUAACACAUGGUGGAGUCUUGAGCUCCUGGGUAUUAAUAGUCAUUCCAUGUAUACAUGGCAUAUCCCACUGGUGAUGGUACUACUUAAAUUGUAUUGUAUGUACAUUUUAAAAUAUUCCCAAAUUAACACCUAAGUGUACUUCUGGGAUUAUCCAAUACUGAAAGAUAAGAGUUGCUUAAAAUAGUAUGAACAGUAAUUAAUGCCACUUUGCAUCUCUCACCAAUCCAUCCUAUUACUAGUUAUCUGCAAGGGAAUAAUUGACUAAUAAAUUGUUUCAUAGUGGCUUAUAACAUAGCAUGUUCCUGCUCCAUGUAGAUUCCUGCCAAUGAGCAAAUAAGCAUAUUGAUUUAAUGUUCUCAGGACAAAGGUGUAUUGUUUUAUUUUGUCCUUCAAACCAGGUAGUACCAGUUUCUCCUCUUCUUCUACCACCAGUCUGUCAGAUCCUAUGCUACAUUUUGUAGUGAAAGGUUUGCUGCCAUUCCCAAGACAACUUGACUCUUAAGACAGCUUGACCGAACUGCAGCGACCUGUAGGCUCUCUUGAAAUGGGGUAAUUAGAUGGGGUAAUUAAAGACUUAACACAGGCCAGAUGUCUCAAGGGCUAUCCUUUCCCACUCCGGAGAAGGAUGGCUUGAUUGGAACUUACUUUUCCUCCUAAAUCCAGAUGGAUGUAAUUCUUCUGGGCCAGGCCCCUUCCUCUGAAUAGGAGGGCUGCUCAUUCUGCAUAUUUUGAGAACGCUGCUGAAUUCUAAUAGGUCUCUACUCAGUGUCCUUCCUGUAUCUCCAUUCUGGUGCCAUGUUUACUUUUGCAGUGCCUAGAGAUUCACUCCACUCUCCUGUUUUUCAGCCUGCUGCUUCAGAUUUUGUAUAUGCCCUGCAGGUGGCAACAAAGCACAGGCCAGCCCGGUGAUAUCUAGUGGACAUUGAAAGAGAAUUUGAAGGGCCUUGGAAGCCAAAGGGCAUAGAUCCUCGUGCCUUAGUUUAGUCCUAGUAUCAGUUCUGGAUUGCUGAAUAAGCUCAGCUAAUUGAUUUUUCUUACUGGGUACCUGUCUGUCAAUCUAAACAUUUUAUUUAAGAAGGCAGUUGGAACUAGAACAAUUCCCACAUUUAAUUUUUCAGAUAUUUCUCAGCCAACAGUGAAGGCAGUGGAAGUUGCGGGCAUUCAGUAUCCCUGAAUAUCGUGACACUGUUACUUUGUAGUCUUGCACUGUCUCUCUCUAUUUUAGUCACUGUGACAUUCAAAACAAUAUUUCAGUAACGAAUCUAAGUGUACAGUGAAAAGAAUGUGUAGGGUGUGAAAUGAAGUAUCUUUGCAGGGCAUGCUUACAUGUCUCCGUGUGAGGGACUAACACGUGAUUUGAUAUUAAAGGAUCAGAGUUAUGUGGGCACACCCGGUUACAAUAUACUUAAGUUUAUCCAAACAAAAUCAUUCCUUUUUUAUUUUUGAUAAUGUUCUGGAACAGGAAUUUUGCUAGUGUACUCAGGUCUGUCUCAGCUCUGCUCCCUCUCACCUUCAUUGCUCGUUCACAGUCUCCCUAGCACGGACCAGCAAUAUUGAGAAGGUGUAACGGCAGACAUGUUCACUUCUUACUGGCAAGAAUAAAAGUCUCAGUGAUGUGAUGACUUGGGAAUGUGUGCAGUAGAUAUGAGAGACUUUCUUUUUUUAAGCUUAAUUUCUCCAGUUCCUUUUCUUUCAAUAAUUUGUGCUGGUGAUGAUAAAUACACAGUUCUAGGUCUUGUGAUUCAAAGCAAGGGGGUUAACUGCUUAAAAUCUUGACAUAUUUUUAAUCAAUUGUUGUGCCUGUAUAAGCAAACUUGAAGAAAAUGUCUUACUUUUUUGUGGGUUCUGAACAAAUACUGUUUCUCAUGGCAUAAUAAACAGCAGAGAUUUGCUGUAUAUUAAGCAUUAUUUUCUGUAUGUAUAUAAUAUUUGUAUUACUUUUAAUUGGUAAGUGCCUGAAGCUAGUACUUCCUGACUUUUAUGCAGAAUCCUGGUGACUACUGCAGAAGCAUUUAGUGACAGGAAAUCCUGACCAUUGUGUUAAGAAUUUACUUUUGUUUGGUUCAGCUGGAAGAAUUGUGUUCUUCCAUACACAUACUUUAUAAAUUUCAAACAGAUCACUUUUUGGUAACAGAUCUUAAUCAGUUUUCAGCCUUUACUGAUAUAGUUGGUUUCUAUUUGCUCAUUAUGGGUGACUUUGUAAUGAUACCAGAUAGAGUGUGAGGGUUUUGCAGUUAUAUUGGAUUACUGUAACAUCAUCCAGUUAAUUUACAGGAUAAUUUAAUAAACGGAAUUUUUUAGAGUAAGGUAGGUAGUACAAAUGUAAGUCACUUAGGCCUCUUCCUUUUCCUUUUCAGUAGCACAGUGUUGUAGAUUUCUCUCAUUUGUGUUAUGCUUGAUACACACUUGUCAUCAGUCCUGUUCAUCACAAGAUGCAUUUCAGUUUUGGGAAUGGAUUGGGAUGGAGACAGAAGAGGAACUGGCUCCUAAAAGGCUGUAAUUUUGUAAAACACAUGCAACUGUUUUUUGCAAAAUAUUAAGAUACUUUAAAAAAAAUCUACUCCUUGGAAGAAAUGGCAAUUUGUAUAGCUUUAAUCAGUGGUACUGGGUUACUGUUUCCUUGGUCACUGUUUCUUUCCUUUCCCCCCUAUUAAACAGAGCUUGAUCUUUUUAGAUGUGAAAAUGGCAAGAUACGCUUGCUGCUAAAUUGCACAAUGCAUUAAGAAGCAUUUACUUCAAUUACUACAAAUUAACAAAUGCCUAUUCAGAAAGGCACUAGGCAGAAAAUCAUGGCAAAACAUGUUUAAACUUGUUCAGGGUCAAACCACUAGAAGUAAUCUAUAUCCCUGUUGAAUAUAGAUGUAAUAUUAGGCUUUGAAACUAUUAUGAAAACAUAAUGAUGAAAUUACUUCAGUCUGCACAGACUAUAAAUUAUUUUGAUAACUUAAUUAAAUUAUUUGAAAAUAAAUAUACUUAUCAGAAGAGAGUAUUACAGUUCUGUUCAAAGAUGUUUGAAAACAGAAUGAAGUGUAACAGAUGCCUGAUUUGUUUGUUGUUUAUAUCAAAAUGUAUUGUCAUUGUAACCACUAUACAGUAAAUCAGGCACCUUAUUUCUGUCAUUUUUUGUGUGCAUGUUGUUCAGGUUGAAAAUAGUUAAGAGUGCAGAAACAUACCAGGAGUUGUUGCUUGCCUUUAUAAAGAAAAAGUAGGCAUUUCUCUUGCAUUUAUGGAUUAAGGUUAACUCUGAGCUGAACUAGUCUAUAUGGCAGGACCUCCAGGCCUUUGGGAGGAUGGAGGCGACUGAUGGAAGAAAUGGUCCAUUUUUAUUGACUGCUGUUGGACAGGAGUUGGAGAACUGCUUUCAAAGUACAGAGCCCAAUUCUGUCUUGCUGUGGUAUGCCUUAAUCCCAUGCUGCAUAUUUUAAAAAGCAUCAUUCUCCAAACUCCUAAUAAGUACAAUGCAGCUGAGCAUUUUAGACACAUAGGGGUUGAUCCGGCCAAAAUGUGAGGAUGCGCCUGCCCUUAAGCACUGAGCAGUCCCACUGAAGUCGGUCAGUGAGAUUACGCAAGUACCUUACUGAACCAAGACGUAGUACUUAAAAUCUACUUGGCUGCAUCCAGUGCAACCUGAUUAACUUCAGUUGAGUUGUACAGUUGUCUAACUGUAAGCAUGAUUUGGAUCUAAAGUAUACUGAGUUGCUCAAGUUAGGCAAAAGAGCUUUAUGGCAGACUUUAUGAUGUGUAUUAGGGCUGUGCAAAACAGCACUGUUUCACUUCGACUUCUGUUUUGCUGUUUCAGAGGGACAGUGUUGUGUUGUGUUGUGUUGUGUUGUUGUGUUUUGUUGUGUUUUGUUUUGUU